AUGGCCACACCGGGUGGCUUCAUGCAAGAUCUCCUUGAUAUUGACUUCCCGCUCGGGUUCGCCCUAUUUGAGGGUUUGGUGAGCCUGGGUGGCGCUGGAGUUCAGGAGAGCCCCCUCGGGGGGUUCGAGCUUUCGUCAUGGCUGUCCGGUGUGUCGGUCAACUCGUCAAUUGGCUUCAGCAAUACACGCCUGAUGCGAGCUCGAAAGGUUUCGCCGGUACACCCUGUCAUUUCUGAUUAG